UGCUGACAAGAAAAGUUUGGAGUAAUAACAGUGAAGAGUAUAAGCGGAAUUUAAUCUCACUGUGACUUUGACCAAGACUAACUGCUAUCAACUACAGAGGGCCUUAGGGAACUGCUUCAUUUGUAGUUGUUGGCUGACUGCAGCAGACAUAACACAUGGUAAUGAGCACAUCAAAGGGAACUGUGGUGCUGGCAUACAGUGGUGGGCUGGACACAUCAUGUAUCCUGUUGUGGCUUAUUGAACAAGGCUACAUUGUUAUUGCCUACAUGGCAAAUAUUGGCCAAGAAGAUGACUUUGAAACAGCGAGAGAGAAGGCACUGAAAAUAGGUGCUUCUAAGGUAGUGAUUGAUGAUCUAAGAGUCCAAUUUGUGAAAGAUUUCAUCUGGUCUGCAGUGAGUGCUGGAUUGGUCUAUGAGUCUCGCUAUCUCUUAGGAACAUCGCUGGCUCGUCCCUGUAUCUCUCAGGGAUUGGUAAAAGUGGCCCGCGAAGAGAGGGCACAGUUCAUUUCCCAUGGUGCCACAGGAAAAGGCAAUGAUCAAGUUCGUUUUGAGCUAAGUUGUUAUGCAUUGUGGCCACAAGUGAAGGUAUUAGCUCCAUGGAGAACUGAACAUUUCACUGAAAGAUUUCAGGGUCGUCAGGAUUUGAUCCAAUAUGCAGCAAGUCAUGGUGUUCCUGUACCAGUAACACUCGAAAAACCUUGGAGUAUGGAUGCCAACCUUAUGCAUAUCAGUUAUGAAUCUGGUGUGUUGGAAGAUCCAGCUGAACUGGCCCCUGAUGGAAUAUUCCAGAUGACUGUUGAUCCUAAGAAUGCUCCAGAUAAGCCCUGCAAGCUGCAGAUCAACUUUGAACAUGGCAUACCAGUUAGCAUAAAGAAUUUGACAGAGGUUGGCCCAGUCAACACAGAUCCAUUGAAGAUGUUCAUUCUUCUGAAUGAGCUUGGAGGAAAGCAUGGUGUUGGUCGUAUUGACAUUGUUGAAAAUCGAUUCAUUGGGUUGAAAUCACGUGGCGUGUAUGAAACACCAGGUGGCACUAUCCUGCAUGCUGCUCACACAGACCUAGAGACCUUCUGUCUUGACCGAGAGGUACUGCGUGUAAAGACUUUCCUCCGAGACAAGAUGGCAGACUAUGUGUACAAUGGAUUCUGGUUCAGCCCUGAGUGUGAGUUUGUGCGAGAGAGUAUUGCUCUUUCACAGCGCCAUGUCACUGGCUGGGUCCAGGUACAAUUAUAUAAGGGCUCAGUCCAAGUACUGGCCCGACAUUCUCCAAUAGCUCUCUACAACCAGAGUCUUGUUUCCAUGGAUCAACAGGGAGACUUUCAACCUGAAGAUGCCACGGGAUUCAUCAACAUCCAUGCCAUUCGUUUGCGAGAGUAUCAGCGAUUCAAAAUGCAUCUUGAAGGUGGUCAGAUUAGAUAAAUAUCAGCUCCUGUCAUUGUUUACUUCCAGUGUAUUGUGUACUUCAUUAACAUUUUGGAAAUAAAACAUUUCCUUAAAAUAAAACAAAACAUUAAUCUAUUGUA